AUGUUGGAAGAACAGCAAGGAGGCCGUGUGGCUGGAGCAGAGAUGAUGUCACAGAGGCUGGGGGCAUCUGGAACCCUGGGGGCUCCUGGCUUCCGCAUCAUCUUCCAGGAAGGCCACCUGGGUAGGUUGGCUCCUCCUGGGACCAGCCUUCAAAGACACAAUGCACCUUGGGCUGCUGCCAGGAGCCACUUCCGUCUAGGACCGCCAGGUCCCUGCUGCUCUGCUUAACUGUCCCUGAGCCCCUGUUCAAGGUCACCUCCAUUCCCACCUGGCCACGGGCUCCCUGGGAGACCCUGGAGAUGCCCGGAGGCCUCCUGUCCACCGUCCCCAGCGGGACCUAGCUCCACGCCACAGCCAGAAAAGGAGGGGCCGGCCAUGGGGUGGCUGCGGCUGGUCCUGGCCCUGGUGGCCGUCAGGGCCUCUCUGAUCCUGCUGGGGCUGCUGGUGCCCUCGCAGGCGGUGGUGCGGGCCGUGCUGGAUGGCAACUCGAGCACGGUGGACUUUGCGGACUUGCCAGCCCUGUUCGGGGUCCCCCUAGCCCCUGGGGGCAUGCGGGGCUACCUGAUGGAGGCCAAGCCGGCCAACGCAUGUCAUCCCAUCGAGGGCCCGCAGCCGGGCAACGGCUCCCUGGGCGCCAUCGUGCUGAUCCGCCGCUAUGACUGCACAUUUGACCUCAAGGUGCUGCACGCCCAGCGGGCCGGCUUCGAGGCGGCCAUCGUGCACAACGUGCGCUCCAACGACCUGGUGCGCAUGGCCCAUGUCUACGAGGACCUGCGGCGCCAGAUCGCCAUCCCGUCGGUGUUUGUGGGCGAGGCCGCCUCGCAGGACCUGCGGGGCAUUGUGCGCUGCGAUAAGUCGGCCCAUAUCCUCCUGUUGCCCGACCACCCGCCCUGCCCGGACCUGGACUGCCACCCCGUGCUGGCCAUCUCCUGGGUGCUGGGCCGCACCCUGGCCCUGCUCGCGUUCGCCACCUUCGUCCUGCAGCGCCUGUGGAACUGGCUGUGGGCCUGGUGGGCCCGUGGGCCGGCGGCCAAGGCGCAGGCCAGCCAGAGGGCCCAGGUGCGCACCUUCACAAGACGCAAUGACUUGUGCGCCAUCUGCCUGGACGAGUAUGAGGAGGGUGACCGACUCAAGAUCCUCCCCUGCUCCCAUACCUAUCACUGCAAGUGCAUCGAUCCCUGGUUCUCCCAGGCCACCCAGCGCUCCUGCCCUGUGUGCAAGCAAUCGGUGGCCGGCACGGAGGACGGCUCUGACUCCACUGUUGACAGCUUCGGCAACGAGGAUGACCCCUCGUUGCCCGGCCACCACCCCCCGAUCUGGGCCAUCCAGGCCCGGCUGCGCGCCCGGAGGCUGGAGCUUCUGGUCCGAGCCAGUCCUGGCCGCCGCUGCAGCACCACCUCCGUGGGUGCGGCUGAGGCCAAUGAGGGGCUCCCUGAACCCCUCUGA